AUGAUGCCGGCCGAGUACCUGGUGUGCUUGGCGACGUUUUGCUCGAUCCAGGCCUGGGGCGUGGAGAAGGGCAUGGUCGCGGGGCUCGUGCUCGCCGCGCUCAGCUUCACCGUCACGUACGCGCAGGUUCCCACAGUAAUGACGGCGCGUGUGAAGGCCAGCACCGUAAUGCGGACGUUCGAGGAACGCGUGAUCCUCAAGGCCCACCAGGAGCAGACGGUGGUCCUCGAGCUACAGGGCUACAUCUUUUUCGGCUCCGCCGUCAAGAUUCUGUCAGACGUCAAGGAUCGCAUCGUGUGGGGCACCGACCCCCCCCCGACCCCCUACACCGGGGCUCCCGCCACCGGCCUCUACGGCAACGUCUACGACGACAGCAACCGUUCCACCAGAACUGUCGGGAACCCGCAGAAGCAGCUGCAGCAGCAGCAGUCAUACCUUGAAACAGCCGCGCUUUUCAAGCCCAGCGGCGAAGGGACCAUUGCUGCGAGUGCCAUGAACCCCCGCGGGGACAUCUUGAGUCCGGUGUUCAACAGAUCCGGAGCGGUCUACCGUUCAUCGUCGGCAACAGCGGCGGCGGCGGCGGCGGCGGCGGCGGCGGCGGCGGCGGCGGCGGCGGCGGCGGCCUCUUCGGUACUUCCCGGGUCGUCACCCCGGCGCUGGCGCAGCCCGCGAGAAGCGCGGAGUCAGUCGUUGCGGGAGCACACGUCGACAUCCUCACAGCAGCAGGGGGGGGGCUCGUCUCAAGGAAUAUCAUCACCCCUAGCUCAGUCGCUCGCGAGGACCAGGUCAGUCGGGGGAACGACGACGACGACGAGCACCGGGAUCCCUGGGGCCGGCGGCGGCCGGGGUCGACCCUUCCACAGAGCCGGCGGCCUGCUGCCAGGCGCGAGCGAGCAGCAGGAGACUGAGAAGCAGCAGCCGGCUGUGCUCGCAAAUGGCAGCAGCAGACAUGACGGUGGUAGCGGUGGGGCUAACUUCUCGGUCCCCACGAGAGAGACGACUGGCUAUGGGGCGAUGGAGGAAGGCGGGGCCGGCGGAGACGGGGGCGUAGGUAGCAGUGGCGGCGGAGCGACGGGUGUGCGCGUGCGACACUCGCGCGGGGCCAGCCUUGGGGAGGAACAGGGGGUCGGAGAGGGUGCCGUGCAGGCGUACAUGUCGCUCUGGGCAAACGGCGGCGGGUCGUUUGCCGACAGCCCAGGCCUUACCGGCAUGACGGGCGGCGGCGACAGCAGCCCCGGGUUCUCCGGCCGCAUGGCCCGAUCUUGCUCGGUGGCGUCUCUCCUACCGGCCUCCGAAGAGCGAACCCGACGCGUCAUCUUGGACUUCUCCAACGUCGUUGGCGUUGAUGCCACGGCGGCGCGGUCGUGCUUCUUGAUGCUCAAGAUCGUGCUUAGGACCAGCGGGGUCGACGUGGUGUUCUCGGGCGCCACCCGUGAGGUUCAGGCGCUCCUUCGCUCCCACGGGGUAAUCACUGACGACGACCCGGUGUUCAACAGCCUCGACACUGCACUGGAGUGGUCCGAGGAGAUGAUGCUGGACGAGCGGAGGGAAGAGACGCUUCUUCGCGGCGGGGGGGGCACGGCUUCCCCGUCCGUCGGCGGCUCCCUCCUCCGACAACAACAGCAGCAGGCGUGUUUGGCGGGGACGGCUCCCCCCCCCCUCGCCCUGACGACCCAGGCCCAAGGCCGACACACUACGGAAGAACCAGCGGGAGGUGGAGGGGGAUUGCCGCUGGCCGGGAGCGAGAACGAGAAAGGGGAGGGGGAAGAGGGUCGCCCCGCCACCGCCGUGCCGUCGCCGGAGGCAGAGGCGGCCGUGUUUCUCGGGGACCACGAGGACUACUACCUCCGCGCCGGAACUCUUCGGAGGCAGAGCUCGUUUCGCACCCAGAUCUCCGACCGAGCCUUGGACAACCCUCUCGUUGUCGGAGAUGUUGGAUCUUUGCAGUCUAUCCUGGAGGACUACCUGGAAGUUGACCGUUACCAGGCCCCGGAAGGCGUCCGCAGCGUGCUUGGGGAGGCCAAAUCUUUCUUCCGGCAGGAGCACGUGGCGGCUGGAGCUGUGCUAGCUGACAACGGCAACCCUUCCUCUGCUUCCUCCUCGGCCGAGAAGGUUUACUUCAUCGGGUCCGGCAGCGUGGAACUGCAGAUCCCCGGAAAGUACGGCCCCAGACGCCUCCAAAAGGUUUGCGCUGGAGGCACCUUCGGCGAGGUGGGUUUUUUCCUCAGGACACCGCAGGCGUUUCGCGCCGUCGCCAGGGAGCCGUGCCACCUGCACACCCUCGACAGGGCGGGCAUGGCGGCGAUGCAGCACCAAAACCCGGGGCUUUGCAUACUGGUCCAGAAGGCUGUGAUGAAGUCAAUCUGCCUAGCGGCGUCGCUCUCCAUCGAGUCGGCGCACCUCGGACCGGUGGACGAUGACCGAUCGGUGAGGCUCGGCAGGAUUGAGGAGGAGCGCUAGAGCUGUCGAACAAAAUGACGACACAGAAUCCAAUAAUGCGGACGGGUUGUUAUCAUAGGGAUGCGGACAAGGGGAGGGAGCUGCUUGCCAGGAGGAGUAAGGAAGAGCCGCCGCCCGCGGCAGACUAGAAAGUGGAGCAGUGGGCACGAGCAUUUGUUCGUUCGGGCAUCGGCAGCCGCUCUCCCUUCGCGUAGUAGGGUUAACUGGACGACCGGCUUCGUGUUUGUUUCAUGAGUUAACCGCACAAGCGUCAAAUAUCCCGGAAUGAAUUUAUCGUGUUCGCGCCAACACAGAAGGGGAAGCUAGAGUGCACGUGUGCGCACUGGUAGAUCAGGGCGUCACGCUUCUAUUCGAAUAUAAACAUGUGUGUGGGCGUCUGACGCCCGUCUCCGAGUAGAGCAAUACGGGUUAGAAUUACUACUUAGAAGGAAGGGUUGGCCUGUGGUUGCCAAAUUGCCGGAGAGGGAGAAGCAGGAUGACCUUUUAUGAAAACACCACCGCAACAGGCAUAGGUUCAGAAGGCUCCGCCACGUAUUGUUUCCCGAGGCUCGUUUCGUGGUACUUUAGUGUGGGUCAACCCAUUAUUGACUACGGAGUGCAGUACUACAUUACUACAUUUCAACAUUGAGUUUUAGAGAAGGAUUCAAAGAAGCACCUGGCGUUAGUCUUAUCAUAACACAGACGGCCGUUUCCAGGUUUUCCUUCGCGUUGUAGUGCUACAGACUAUUUGGGCCUCAUUGCGUUCGCUAAGGUUUAAUUUGGAGGGCACACGGCAGAUCAAGAAAAAAAGGGAACGUCAGGGUUCAUACAAUGCGGGACGAAGUCACCGAACCACAGUCAGGUGUGAGAGCAAACGGCGUCGCAGUCGCUCUUAUGGUGGCGCUAUUAUCGUGCCAUGCGACGUUGCCUGACUCCUCACCGCUGGUUUCGUACCGUCGUGGGAAAGCAGUGAGAGUGCUAAAGUAUAGCGCUGCUCUCCUCGGGCUCAGCGAAGUGGUUGCGAAGUCGGGGCGAACCCCUCAGGAGUACGCGUUGAACUCGUUGCGGAUUGGAGGUGCGACGGCUCUAGCAUCAGGCGGAGAUAUCGCGGA